AUGUCAAAAUCAGGACCUCCCAAGGUGCCAGAACAGCAGCGGAAGCUCUUUGUUGGAGGUCUGAGCUUGCAAACAACAGCUAAAAGUCUGCAAAGCCAUUUUGCAAAAUGGGGGAAAGUAACAGAUUCUGUGAUCAUAAGAGAUCCAGACACCCAUCGGUCCAGAGGCUUUGGGUUUGUCACUUACGCCACAGUGGAGGAGAUGAAUACAGCCAUGAAGGCAGGUCCACAGCAGGUGGACGGGAGAGCUGUGGUACUCAAGAAAGCAGUGCCAAAAGAAGAGUCUCAAAGAUCCAGUGCCCUCUUGACUGUGAGAAAGAUUUUUGUCGGUGGCAUCAAAGAAAACACUGAAGAACAUCACCUAAGAGAUUAUUUUCAGCAAUAUGGGGAAAUCCAAAUGAUUAAAAUCAUGACUGAUCAAGGGAGUGGCAGGAAGAGAGGCUUUGCUUUUGUGACCUUUGAUGACCAGGAUUCUGUAGACAAGAUCAUCUCUCAGGAAUACCACACUGUGAAUGGUCACAAGUGCACAGUGAGGAAAGCCCUUCCUAGGGGAGGGAUGACCAGCACUCCACCCAGCCAGAGGGGAGGAAUCAGCUCUGGAAACGGUGCUGUUCCUCGUGGAGGACACUCCAGUGGUCAAGGUGGGUCCAGAGGUGGAAUCAGCUCUGGAAACGUGGUCAAGGUGGGUCCAGAGGUGGAAUCAGCUCUGGAAACGGUGCUGCUCCUCGUGCAGGACACUCCAGUGGUCAAGUGCCUGGUCUCAGGAGCCCUGCCACUGGCCGAGUCCAAGCCGUAG